GAUCUCCUGAAAACAAAUCAUGACUUCGUCUCGCAAAACAGUGAUCAUCGGCUCAGGCGUCUUCGGGCUCUCGACGGCAUACCAUUUGUUACAGAGAGGAUGGUCGGACAUCACUGUCAUUGAUCGGAGCGAGACUCUGCCGGCUCCCGACGGCGCGAGCAACGACAUCAACAGGAUCGUCCGCACCUCGUACUCGGAUCCGUUUUACUGCGAGCUAGCCAAAGACGCAAUCGCCGCCUGGAAGGACACUGAACUUUGGUCCGACACCUAUCAUGAAUCCGGUGUCCUGGUCGUCGGCUCCGCCGCGCGCGAGCGCGACUACGUCCGCAAGGCGCACGCGAACGACAUCGCACACGGCCUACGCGUGACGCCGACCGACACGCCGGACGCUCUGCGUGCCGUCUUCCCGGAAGACGCCGACGUCGGCGAUCUCGCGGGGCACUACACGUACUUCGGGCUGGACGGGGGAUGGGCGAACGCCGGGCAGGGGGUGUCGCUCCUCAUCGGCAAGGUGCGGGCGAUGGGCGGCCGCGUUCUCGGCGGCAAGGAUGUGGCGGGGCUGGUUCGGGAGGGCGGCAAGACGGUCGGGGUGCGGUGUAGAGACGGGAGCGUGUUGGAUGCGUCGUUGGUUGUGCUGGCGACUGGGUCCUGGACGUGUUCCGCUUUCCCGGAUACCGCUGUCAGCAAGCUGUUCCAGGCGACCGGACAGGUUGUUGCGAUGGUUCAACUCACUUCUGAAGAGGCUGAGGUCUACCGCAAAUGCCCAGUUGUUUUGGACUUUGACUCUGGAUUCUAUGUCUUUCCCCCAAACGAGCAGAACAUCCUGAAGAUGGCCAUCCAUGCUGCCGGGUUCACUCAUUCCAUCGGAGACGGGGGGAUAUCGACCCCGCGGACCAUCAAGUCCGACCCAGAGACCGGCCUGCGCAUCCCGAAAGCGAGUGUGGUUCGGCUGCGAGAUGGGCUGCGGGCCGUGUAUCCGACGCUUGCCACGAAGCCGUUCUGUGCGACGAGACUCUGCUGGUCUCUACCCCCUCGCUCGCUUUGUGUGCAGCCCUCUUAUGCGUCUUCCUCAGGUAUAAUGACUCGGUGGACGAGGACUGGGCCAUUGGAUAUCAGCCGGGAUCUGAGCAGACCGUGAUGAUCGCGACGGCGGGCAGUGGUCACGCUUACAAGGUGGGUUUACUCGAUACGUUCGUCCCGGUCUAUCUCUAAUCGCACCAGUUCCUUCCCGUCAUCGGCCGUCUGGUCGCCGACGCCAUCGAGAACAAACAGAGUCCCGAGGUAGCUGCCAAAUUCGCACCCGAUCGAGUCAUCCCUUCCAAGCUGAAUGGAUCGCGCGACGACCAAGUACAAGAACUAGACCUGAGCCAACUUUGUUUGCCGGAAGAUUUACAAUAAUGUAUCCAGAGAUUAUAUGUAUGUACAUUGGAGCUGUUGAGCUCCUUUUCAGGCGCGCUUGCCGACGAACUCCCGCCAGGACCGCACUUCGCUGGGUAUCCGGCCCUCGGUAUAUUUGCGGAGACCGCCUUGCGGAAUUUUCCGCGCCAGACUCUCAACGAAGAGGUCUGCGCAUUGCGCAUUGUUCAGCAACGGAAGCCCGAAAUCGACCGCGUUUC